CGUCACAGAGGUCUGUGAAGCCAAACAAUAUGCUUAAAAUAUGUUAAAUAAUCAUUGAAGGAAGUCAAGAAAAAGAAGUGGAGCCCGAUACGGGAGUGAACUGCAUUCUGCAAGGUCUUUCGAUUUAAGUUGGAUCCAUCUUGAGUCUCGAAUCUCCCUUCUCCAGGUGUGACUGUAUAGUAAGCAGUGAACAGUGAACAGUGAACAGCGAGCAGCGAGCAGCGAGUAGUGAGUAGUGAGACAGUGGGGUCUUCGGGCGGACUCGCGAGCUCCGACUGACAGACGGGAUAAGAAACGCAUGCACGGAGCCAGCUACCAGCUACCAGCUACCAGCUACCAGUCACCAGUCAGCAACGACUUACUCCGAGGACCGAGCGAACGUCCCUAGUGAGACUCCCGAUUUAAGUGAGGUCUGUUCGGAGUGUGACCGUGGUUUGACACACACCGUAUACAGGACCAGGCAGGACACAGAAUUUCUUUUUGUGAAACAAGGAAAGGAGGGAAUACUUGGAGGCGGAACAAUCGGUAUUAUCAACCGAGAAGAAGGAACUCCUAACUGUUUUUCGUGCUCCACUGGCGAAUGGAGUAUUCGAAUAAAAAAGGAUUUGACAGUGAUUUCAUUGAUAAGUGUUUUCAUUGACGACUGAAGCGAGAUUGGCGAAGCAGCUGGAAAGUGGAUUCGAGGAUUUAUAGAUAAUAAUUUGUUGACUUGUAUAAGGAAGUUGUAAUUGAUUCUGGCAGCAUCCUAAGUGUCACUGAGAUAUUCUUUGCAAAGCGCAGCCGGGUACAAAAGCAGGAACAGCUGUGCGCAGCAUAAAUAGCGCUUCGAGGCGUGGAAAGAAGAAAGUCUUGGCGAAUGUAGAGAGUCUUCUUAUUCUCCAUAGAAAACUCUGACUGCGUCGAUCCUGAGAGUCUCAAAUAAAAUAAUCCCACGAGAAGGUACAUUUUCUCUGCGGUGGUGUGAAACAAUAGGAUUUACUUGUUGUAUCUUGGAGAAAUCAUUUUGUCAAAGGAUCUUUGACAGAUUUCGAAAUAUCUUAAGGUCGACUUUUCGUUCCGAAUAAAUAUUGAAUACAAGUCGUGAGUGGCCGUCGACGUCGUCGAGUGAACCCGGUGAACCCGGUGAACCAAGUGAAUCGAGUGAAUCGAGUGAAUCGAGUGAACCGAGUGAAUCCGAUACGCGAUACGCGACACGCGAUACGGGAGUUCGUUUUACCGUUAACCGAUCGGUAGGUAAUAUGUCGUAAUAAAUGGACUGUUGCUCCGCAUCGCAUCGAACGACACGUCACGCGAACGUGCUUAAUUAUCGGUGCCAGGUGCUUUCCUGUGCGAAACUUCCUAUUUGAAGUAAUCAGUUAGGCCAGAGAGCUUGGGCUGGCUAAACUUUAGAAAGAGAAAGAGAGGCUGAACGAAGGGUCGGGCGUCGGGAUGCGCGGCGGGCGAGUUUUUGGUCGUCGAUCAUGAAAACGGAACUCGCGCAAGGGCCGAGUUGUCGCUCGUGAGAUGAAUUUAAUGCGCUGAAACUUCGAUGCGAUGAACAUGCCCGGGGUUUCGAGUGCCUCCAGGGACAGAUAGUGCUGAUCCUUAGAUUAACAAGGAUCAUUCGAAGGAUCCCAACGGUUAUUCUGAGACAGAAGGGCACAGGAUAACUCUAGGAGAAGAGAAACAAAAAAAUCAAGAAGCAAUAUAAAAACUGAAAGGAAAUUUGCAUAAGGUGAUUGCAUUAAAAUCAGCGUCAGCAUAAAGGGAAAGGAUUCGAUCAUCUCGUAGCCAUGAACCUCGCGCUGCAUGGAUUUUUUCUUCAGGUUAUCAUCUCGAUCUUCGACUUCCACCAUGGCUUCGGAUUGUGCAGCGCGGGGGAACCUGGCUAUCUGGAUUUUGACAAUUUGCCGGAGACGAAUUUCUCGUGCCAGGGAAAGGUGAUAGGUGGAUACUAUGCAGACGUGGAGACUGGUUGCCAGAUGUUCCACGUUUGCACCAUCGGACAGAAAGACGAGAUUAUGGACAUAAAGUUCCUCUGCCUGAACGGGACCGUCUUCGACCAAGAGACCAGGGUCUGCGAGAGGGUCGAUGAGGUCGAUUGCAGCACCAGUGAACGAUUCUACAACUUGAACCUUGAACUCUACGGCAACAAUGCAGUGACACUCAGCUUGCACGAGAACAGCGAGGACGACGGUGAGCCAACCGAGGGCACGGAUGAUCAUCAGCAGAGAACAACAUCAGCACGUCCAUCGACUACGAGCUCAACGACUACGACAACCUCUCGACCUACGAAGCCAUCGACAACCCCAAGACCCAACUCGUAUCAGCAUCCCACGGGAUACCCUCAACAUUAUCAGCCGCAGCCACCCUUCCCUUCGGUCCAGACGAGUCAAUCCAAGUCACUCUACGAUGACAAGAAUGGUGGCUAUCAUCACCAAUACAUUUUCCACAAUGCCGCGCACAAUCAGAACAAUCAAGCAACCUCCUAUCAGCUGUUCAGCAAUCAGGGUUCUCUCAAUCCUACGACGAACGCUCCUCAGACCCAUCAAGUGAGAUAUAGUUCCAGUCCAAGCCCUCAGGUGAUCCACAACGAACCGUCGACGGUGGCGCCACUCUUCCACGCUCCCUCCUCGACCAUUCACACGCUCCUGAACAGCAACGCUAACAAUCCGGUUUUGAUAAAUCCACUCUUUCACAACAAUGGGAUCGCCAGCACGACGGAACAGUUUUCCAUUCACAGUAACAAUCCGAGGGAGACUUCGGAGUAUCGAGACAGCGAGGAGGAGGAGGACGAGGAGGAUGAGGAGGAUGAGGGGGAUGCGGAGGGGGAGGAGGAGCACGAGAGGGAGGGUGAGGAGGAACAGCACGAAUCGGAUCGAAGGCCACUGGUAGCCGUCCAAUCUAUCAAUAAGGGAAAAGUGUCGAAAUUAGCAAUUUCGCCGAUUCCUUCGGAAUCGAGCCGAACUCAGCCGAAGGCUACUCAGGCUCCGCAAUUAUCAAAGAUAUCGAACAAUUUUCUUCCUACACCAACAACAGCACCACCUACCGUCAGAUCGUUUUAUCCGACCCCGAGGCCCUCAGCUCCCACUAAGCCGCAGCAACGGUCAAACUCUAAUGAUGUUACUCAACAUAUUCAUCUGCCACCACCACCCCCGAUUCCUCAUCUGAAGCCUCAUCAAAUCACCAUUAACUUACCGCCGCCUGAUAUUCAGAGAAUCGUACAGAAUCCUUCGCCGCUGCUUCCUUCGCAGUCGAGAGUGAUCGUUACGGCUAAGGCAAGUGUCAGUGACGAGUCCGGGCGACCUUUGAACUCCACCCAGUUUGUUACACUCCCGCUACCGACCAUCCCAGCCAGUUACGACGAUUACAAAGAGGGCGACGAGUCCUUCGACCCUUUUUAUAAGGACGUGCCGAAGAUCAGGAAUGCGAGGAGAGUCCACGAGCAUCUCGGCUCUUAUAUUCUUGACAAGACUCAUUCGAGAGAUAAAAGAUCCGUUGCAAAAGAACAGGAUAACGAUGAAAAUUAUGAGGAUUACAAAGAUGCAGGUGAAGGGUCGCGCGAUCCGGUGACAAAUAUUUUCGAUGACGACGAUUCGGUGGAUGAUGCCUUUUUCGAUGACACUGAGGAGAUCACGGAUAUCGGAAGCAUUAAAAAGAAUCUCCAGAAAUUCAAGGCUAUUCUUCUUGGAGAACGUAUCGAUGAUUCAAGGGAAUUGCCCGUGACUGAUUUUCCGAUAAGUCAAUCAGAACGAACGGUAAUUCGUAGUGAAGCGAAACCCAGCAAAAUUCCCGACUCCGAUGCGACCAACCAAACUGAUACGAUGCACGUCGAACAAGAACACGUAACGAACGAAGGAACUUUGCACAAAUUGAAAAAUGAAGAAAGUUCGAAAAAAAUAAAUGUAAAUUUUCAAAACGUGAAACAGGCCGACAAAUCUGUUUCUGUUAGCAAAGUAUCGGAUGCUGAGGAACACGUUGAGAUUAAAACGUUCUUAAACAGGAAGGAAUCGGACGGAGAUGAAUAUGUUGAGCCGAAAUCUCUUGUCGACAGUUCCGAUACCGUUCGAUAUAAGUCAAAUUUGAAUAGUAAAGAAUCCGACGAGGAGGAAUACGUCGAGACUAAAUCAAUUUUAAAUAGCAAAGAAUCCGACGCUGAGGAAGGUGUCGAGGACAAAGCAAUGAAAAAAGGUGAGAGUCCCGACGGCGCUGAAUAUAAAUUAACACCGAGCACCGAGGAAUCGGAUGCUGAGGAGCACAUUGGAGCCAAAUCAGCUAAGAACAGCAAAGAGUCCGACGCCGAGGAAUAUGUUGAUCCAAAAUCAGAAAAGAACAUCGAACGAACUACGGAGACUAUAGAGUCAACGCCGGGCACCGGAGAAUCUGAUGCUGAAGAAGGUAAUGAGCCAAAGUUUUCUUUGAAGAACAAAGAAACUACUACAGAAAAACGCAACGGCUCAAAGUCCUCAUCAAACAGCAAAGAAUCUGAUGCUGAGAAGCAGAUUGAAAGAAAAUCUACUCUGAACACUAAAGAGUCCGAUGCCGAUGAGUACAUUGAACGCGAAGAGGUUGGCCCAGAUAAAAAAUUGACUACCGAGGAACAUAUCGAGAUGAAGUCAGUGCUUAGCAGUAAAGAAUCGGAUGCGGAGGAAUAUAUAGAAGCGAAAUCUAUUCUUAAUAGCAGGGAGUCGGAUGCCGUAGUAUAUGUUAAAUCGAAGUCUGCAACUGAAGUUGGGAAAAUUGAUCGAAAAGUUAAUGACGAGGGUGCGCCUCCAUCCAAGGGCACAGAAUCACCUGAAGAAUCAAAGGCAAAGGAAACUCUUGAAGUGGAUUCUGUCUCAAAUGCUGAGCUACUCGAUGCGACUAAAAUAGAUAAAUCGAAAUUCCACGGAAACUUGAAUAUAUCGGAUAGCGCCAAAAACGUUGUCGCCAAGUCUGCCCUGAAUACUGAAAACGUGAGCACCGAGAGAUACGCUGAGCCAAGGCCUGUCUCGACUAUCAAGGACUCGGAUGCUGAGGAUAAGGAGAUUAAAUCAGCUGACGUUUCGGAAUCUUCAAAGUUAACAGAGACUGUUGAGAAUACCAACGACGGAAGGGAUGAGUCAAGGUCCAGCGUGAGAUUGGCUGAUCCUGAAUCAAGAAACAAUGGCGAACUGGAACCACAGGAAGAAUCCAACAAGGAAGAGGUUGCUCAAACCGAAAAGUCGAAAACCAUGUCGAUCGCCGAAGAAUCUCCUGUCGAACGGGAAGAAAAAUCUAAUUCUAAAUAUGCUGAAACGACAGCGCAGAAAUCGAGGAAGAAUAAGGCUGCGGAUGAACGUUCCUCCACGACGGAUCAACCAAGAACAGGGGCGCCACGCUUACGUCCGCCGAAGCUGAGAUUUCCAUCUUCAUUUACGUCGAAUGCGGCUAAGAGAACCGAGAGUGCCAGAGACAAUCAACGAAAACCAGAAAGAAAUGGCGCAAGGCCCAAUGGACCUAGGGGCACGACGAGGCCGCCUUUAUCCUUGGAAUCCGAGUCCGAGGAGCAGAUUGAUAGUCAAAUAUUCGAGGAACCAGAAUCCAGGACGUCGAAGGAAGUCGACACGAGAGAAGUGGGUGCACUGGGUGGGUCCAAGGAUUCCAAGAACAAUUUGGGCAAAGGCGUCGCUGGAGUCGAGGACAAACGAGCCCAUCGUCCGGAAAGCGCUAAAGAACCCGCGAAGGACUCGAGCGUCUUAGACUCGGAGAAUCAGUCGAAGGAGGAAAUAUCGGUGGAAAAGGAAAAGAGCACGGAAAGAGAUAUUUCCAUCGAAGAAGAUGUCCUGCCGUCCAAUGAGGAAGAAUACACGUCCGAUGAGAACACGUCGAACGUCCAAUCGGAUUACGAAGGAUCGCAGCAGUACUCUGAUGAAUAUUCCGAAGAAAAGUCGCUCGAAUCUCCGAACAAGAUUGACUCGCUCGAAAGUCAUAAAGAACCAAGGAGAGAUAAAAGUUUGAAAUUUGAGAAGGAAAAUGAUUCUUCGUCCCGGGAAAAGUCUUCACGGAGACAGGACAAAAGUAAAAAGUUUGCGAAGAGCCGGAAGGAAUCCGAGGAGGAAGAGGAGGAAGAGGAGGGACAGGAGGAGGGGGAGGACUACACGUCGCAAGAAACUCUCCCGGAUAAAUUCAGCGGCGAAAUCGAACCUGUGGAUAGAAGUGCGGAGUAUCCUGACUCGAGGGAAGAGUCCUUCACCGAAUCACAAGAACUUGAUUCCGAGGACGAUUACAAAGGCUCCCAGAGUCGCGAAUACGUUGGAUCGGAGGAGCCUUUGAAUUCUCAAGAGGGAACUUCGAGUGCAGUUGAAAAAUCUUUGGAGGAGGAUGCGCCAAUAUCGUCGACCGAGGUGGAAGACACCAAGGGUGUCCUCAAAUUUACGGAUGAGUUACCCAGAACUGAUAAGAAGGACGACAACGCUGAUAAAGCCAAUACCACUUCGGAUGAGGAUGGUACGGUGGUACAGGACUACGUUGACGAUAAUUACGAGCCAGCCCUUUACAAGGAGCAGAAUAAGAAAAAAUCAACGUCGAUGCAGGAUCAGCUGAAGAAGGAGGAUCAGGAAAUGGGAGACGAGAACCGAGAAAAGUCAAAGGAUCGAGAUAUUUUGGAUAAAUCGGAGGAGGAUGCUAAGGAGCACUCGGAUGAAAUUGAGGAUCGAUCGAAGGGAGAUAAACCGGAAGAAAUAAUAGGACCCACGUCUAGUACGACAACUACGACUACGACAACAACAACAACCACAACCACAACCACAACGACAGUGCGACCAACCUCUCCAAAAUUAUUUAGACCAUUCAUGGCGAGAAAAAAUUACAAUUAUAUUCCUCCGUCGACAACGGCAAAUCCUGUCGUGAUAAAACCCACAUUUGGUCUGUAUAAUCCGAAACCUGCAAAACGUAUAAAAAGUUAUAACGAAAUCGCACCAAAACCGAUUAUACGAAAACAUCCGCUUUUGGCAAGAAAAGCCGCAGCUGUGAAUAGCAACACGCAGAAAAGUGACGUGGUUCAAAAGAGAAUCGACGAGUUUGAAAAUUCUUCGGAAAUAAUUUUCGUCUCAACAGAAGUAACCGGCAGCGAGGAGAAUGCUCUGGAACCCGUAAAAUCUCAAGUCCCGGAAUCGAAUGAAGCGAGACGGUCCAACAUUACCAGCGACAAAGUGUCCUCCGAGGAUGCAUCCUUGCAGAGAAGCAAGGACGAGAUGAAUCCUAGUGUAAGUGAAACAAAUGUUCCUAUUUCCUCGAACGAAAAGUCGCCUUCGGAAUUUCAAAUAGCAACUAGCAGUCCAUAUCCGCUAUCGAGAGUCGCGACCAUGGCGAAUGGCCCAACUACUUCCAAUCCUCUAGAUGACACUUUAGCUAAUAACAAUGAGUCCACUGCGCAAGUCAGUAAGGCUGGUGACUCGAAUAGCAGUACGGUUACCGAAAAUCUUCCAGAAAAUACGUCGUUAUUUUCGAAAGAGGCUAUGACUCUCUCGUCGAUUGCGACUCUAGAGCCAUCUGUUACGAGCCUGCCUGAGCAUAAUGCUACGACUACACCAUCGGAUGAGCGACCGGAAAUGCACGAGACCUAUGAGAAAUCGAAGACAAAUAAGCCUCUAGCGGAAUCCACAACAACUAAGACGACUAUCCGAAACCAGUCGCCUUUUAACUGUUUGGAAAAGGAAAUGUAUCGAUUCUAUGGCGACCCGAGGGACUGUCGACUAUUUCACUAUUGCUCGCCAGGAUUCACUUCGAGGCAAGUUCUCGACUUUCGGUUUGUCUGCGAGGAAGGCACUGUCUUCGACGAAGCGAGUCAGAAUUGUCGACACGACACUGAAGACUCAAAGUGCAUCAAAAGGAUUUGUAAUAUGUGGGAUAUAGGGAACCGGGGCAUUAUCGUGUUGAUAAGUGUGCUGAGUGGGUGUGUGCUCCUUUACAAUCUUUGGGGACCGUUUGUCGCUCUCACUAUCGCUUUAAUUUUGGUGACUUACGCGUGCUAUUCUCUUCUCGUAAACGAUAGCAUUCUAUCGCCCCAUGCGUUACUGGCGUUCGAGUACCUCAUCGAAGUUGCCCGCGAACUCAACGAAAACUUGAAGAACGCUGCCCGACAUAUUUUGAAGAACUUCCGAGAAUACUCUAAAAACAUCAAAACUCUCUACCAAAGCCGAAUCAUUUCGAAAAUGAGUAGCCAACGAAGAAGCACGUAUCAACUUAGUAAUGAUUCUUCCUCUGAGCCCAAGAACUCCUCUAGGUUUAACCUAACUGGUCAACUUAGUCCUAUUCCACGGAUGAACUAUCGUGACAUGGACAAUGGCAUCGAGAAUAACUUCUAUGUGAAUACUCACAGUCGUUCUUAUGCUGAAUCCUCAGUCAAUAAGCAUACAUCUACUCCUUUAGUCUCGUGGAGAAAAGAUAGUCCAAGAAAUGGAGGUGUUGGAUUCUUCACACCAUCCCGGUCUUCCCGGCAAAAAAAUUUACCUAUACAAGCACACAAUCAUACUUUGUUUCGUGGUGAAGACACUGUCUUCAGCCCCAAUGGUUCACCUUGGGGCACAAGUAUUAGUCCAAAAAUGGAACAAAAUACUAAUGUUGUAAAAACUGUCCAAACUGUUGCUGGACCUCUACUUGCUUCCACAAGAUUCAAUAUCGAUCCCAAAAUUUAUUCAGAUGUAACAUCACCAGGAUUAAGUACUCGUUUGACAAAGUAUGCUAUGGAAGCUAACAGUAAAUUGACUCAUCAAUCCCAGUAUGGACCAGGCCAGUUUCCAAAGGUCAAUCUCAAUUCAAGCCCAGUACCUCUAAUAAAUACAAAAUCUCCAAAACUUAAGACACCAGUUACAGUACGAAUUGCACCACCUGAUGCAACUAAGUAUUCGCCUCCUGAACGUCAAAAAAUUCUAAGUGACGCUUAUCACGUUGAAAGCAAGCCUUCUCCAAGUGUCGUUCAGGUUCUUCGAGAUAUAUCCUUAAAAAGACAUGCAUCUAGAGAAGAAAUUUCAGAUCUGAUAAAGAAACAACGAACCGAAAAUAUAUUCAAAGAUAAUCUAGAAAAUUUGGAAGAAUUAACACAAAAGAGAACAAGGGAUGACUCAUCGAAAUCAGAGGAUGAUGUCUCACCACAGAGCAGAUCAUUGAGACCAUCAAAACGGACAAAAACACCAUCUUGCUAUGAUGUCUUGAAUUCUUUAAGCUCCAGCAUUCAUACAUCUUCAGGAGUUAAAAGAAAAGCUAUGGAUAUCUCACGAAGUGGAACACCAGAUUUUGAAAAGCAUUUUAAAGCAACGGAGAGUGUUCAAAAAAGCACUGUUCCAAUAUUGCCACAGAUUCAAACGAGUACUGCAAAAUUACAAAAUCGUGUUUACAAUCACAAAUAUUUACCAAGUAAAGAUAUAAUUAAUUUACAUAAAAAUUUGGAAGAUCAGCAGCAAACGCAAGGAAUUUUAAAAGGCUCCUGUGGCAGAGAGAUCACGUCCAACCAAGGUCUACAAACUGUUGUCCAAGUUCAUUCAGGCACAUCUGACGUAGAGAAAGCAGAGUCGAUUACAAGAAAGAACGCAGAACAAGUGAACAAAUCUGUAAGUCUGACAGAUAAACUGUUCAUGAGGCCUGAACCGGAAAAAAAUGAAAAAUUGAAAAGCUUGAUACAAGAACAAGGACACAUCAAGGCCAAGUUCACUAGUGAAGAUGCAGAAGAAAUAAAGAAGGAGGAUAUUAUAAACAUGAGACAAACAAGUAUGCGCGCCAGAUUGCAAAGUAUGUUUGAUGCGAUAUCUGGCAAAGCUGCCAAUAAAAUCAAUCCGGACGUCGUUAUACAAGCCGAAGAAAUCAAUACUACAACUACAACGGUCACUACAUCUGCACUUACAACUACAACUGCAUCUACACCUUCGGCUGUAGAUUCACCAACACCUGCGGUCUUAGCCUCUCUCAAUUCUUCAACAUCAACUACAAACGUCAACACAUCUCCUAUCGCAACAUCGGCCAUCGCGCCUGCUAUAUUAAAAUCCCAGCCGAAAUCUGUUAAGCAUGUUACGUUCAGCUUACCCAGCAUAGAAUUAUCUCAGGGAUCUGGUAAUACUCCACCGAUUGUGGCGGCACCGGUAGCUAUGGUCGAAAAACCUCUCACAAAAUUUGAAGAAUCGAAAUUACAAAUCACUACAGCUGCGACGGCACCAGCAUCGAUUGAUACCACAAGCAGUACCAUUUUGAAUUUCGCUGCGACCUCUAGUAACACCACUGCACCAUCUUUUAAUUUUAACGCAGCUUCCUCGAGCACCACGCCUGCCUCGUCAAACGCCGCAUCGAAGUUUGGCACUUCAAGUGCAACCUACGUUAAUUCUCUAGCCUCAACUGCAAUAUCAUCAGCUACAGUAUCAUCUAAUGUUUUUGGAACUUCGAAUAUCGCACCAAGUCCUACAGUUAUUCCUUCAAGUUCUGUGUCAACUACAAUAAACAGCAGCGAAACAUCAACCGCUGGAAAUACUAUUCAACUGUCAACAGUAACAAAUAUGUCACAAGCUACACCGAUGUUCGAUUAUGGUGCGAAGACUAUGUCUAAUGUAAUGAAGACCAGCUCACAACAUAAAACACCAGUAUCAAGCAGCACGAUUCUCCUUGGAGGAACGUCGAACGCUGGAUCGAUCGUUUCAUCCUUUGGAAGUAUUAGUACGACUACGCAGAAUUCUCCAGCAUUUGGAAGUAACAAUACCACUGCGCAGAGUGCACCUGCUUUUGGAACCGUUUCCUCAACUUUACAGAAUACUCGCCCUUUUGAAAAUAUCCUUACGCAUCCAUCGAGUACUCCAGCGUUCGGGAAUACUUCAGUUACAGAGAGUGUUCCCACGUGUAAAAGCACUCUUGCAAACACACAAAAUGACCCGACAUUUGUGAAUACGAGCGUCACUUCGGGCUUUGCAUUUCCCUCCAGUAGCACUACGCCAGGCACUGCUGUUCCAAGCUUUGGAAACACAGCGAAUACGACUUCCUCUGGUUUUGGAAUCUCAACUACAACUGCAUGCUUCACCUUCGGACAGCCAUCCGCAACAACGGGAACUCACUCUGGAUUUUCAUUUGGUACUGGUACCACAAGUACAGCAGCUACUAGCUCAAGUACUUCCGCGAUAUUUGGAUCUGCAACAACUAACGCGACUCCAGCAUUUAGAAUGCCUCCUACGACGAGUUCUCCAUCUUUUGGUAUAAUACCUGCACCGCCAGUAUUGAGUAGUGCUACUAGCUCUUCUCUCUUCGGCACCGGUAAUACUCAGCCAGCAUACGCCAGUACAUCCAAUGCGUUUAGUACACUAAAAACAACAUCUCUACCGGCUUUCGGAUCAACCACAAGUGCACCUACAUUUGGAACUGCUGCGACUACUGCGCCCAGUCCAUUCAGUGCUGGCAAUACCAAUUCGAAUGCUACAACCACACCAACGCCAAGCUUCAGCAGUGGUACCGGCGUUUUUGGACAAAUCAAGUCACCACCAGCAUUCGGUGCUCCUACUCCUGUUUUUGGAAAUACUACGACUCCUCCGUUUAAUUCACGACUACCUUUUGCUGCUGCCUUUGGACCAACCAGUUCAACCGCUACAACAGUUCCACCGACUUUUGGUACAACUAAUUCAACAGCACCAGCUUUUGGUGUGCAGAGUCCAGGAACAUCCGCUUUGGGAAGUCAAACAUCUACGACGCUACCAUUCGGUUCCACCAACUCCGUUUUUGGAACUUCAACGGCAACACCUCCUGCAUUUGGAACAAAUAUCAAUACCACUGCUGCGUUUGGUCAAACAACAAGCACGGCCUUCGGAACUCAAAGUACAACCAGUCCAGUUUUUGGCACGACGAAUAAUAACGUGCCAGGUUUUGGAGGAAAUGUGGCGUCACCGUUCGGUAGCCAAACUACAACAUCGGCCUUUGGAAAUUCAACUUCAUCAACUCCAACAUUUGGAGCUCCUGCGAAUACCAACACUCCCAGUGGCGCAUUUAGCUUUGGGGGAAACCAGAAUCCACCGCAGCAAAAUUCAUCAUUUUCCUUUGGUGGAACAAGUACCACGAGUAAUAGUGCCAGCGGUUCUGCGCCUUUCCAGUUUGGAGCAACGAGCACUAAACCUGCUGGAUUCAAUUUUAACUCACCAUCGUCCACACCCGUGACCAAAUUCGACGCGUCAGCAACUCCAUCUUUCAGUGCACCAACGCCUGGUGCUAAUGCGUUUAGUACUCCCAACACUGGAGGAAUGUUCAACAUAGGAGCUGGUUCCACUGCACCGAGAUCAAGAAGUAGUCGACAAAGAAGACAAAGAUGAUGGAGAAUGUAAAUUUUAUUUUUGGUUAUUCAUACAUCUUUACGGAUUGGGAGAAAUGGUGUUUCCUUUUCUAAUUAUUUCCCCUAAAUUCGAUUCAAGGUCGAUCGAUGAAUUUGCGAAUACGGAUUCGAUUCAUUGUUUUAAUAUCGAUGACGGUAAUCGAGUGAGCUGCUUGCUUUUGUAAAAAUGAUGAGUAUGGUGACUAGAAAUGAGUUACUGAUAAUUAUUCAUUGUAAAACUAGUAAUACGGAUAUUUAUGCAGUCGUGAAGAUUUCCUCUGGGUGAUCGUGCGAAGCACCAUCCGUUCUCCUUAUCUCCUUUCGUAUAUUUCAUUUUUCAUAUGCAGCAUGUCUUUUAAAGACCCUUUUACGAUUCAUAUGAAUUCACGACAUACUGAACUAAUCGAUUGACUUUCGACCAUUGCGAAAAGGUGGCAAUUGCCGAAUGACUUUUCAUGUCACUUUUUUCCACGUUAAAUGAAAGAAAUCGAAUUCCAGGUGAAUAAAAAAGUAUUCAUAAACGGGUAUGAUGCUCAUCGCGGGUACCAAAUUGCAAAUAUGUGGAUCAACAUUAUUCAUCACGAUCGUGUCAAAGGGUCUCAUAAUCUUUUCUAAAUAUCCAUCUUUUUUCUUAUCGUUUUUUUAAAUUGUUCUCACUUUUGUAAAAUCAACUUUGCGAAAUUAUAGCAAUGUAUCAUAUUUCACUGUAAAAGCCUCAUACAUUUUUAUGAACGAAGCAUAAAUAACUUUGUAUAAAAAUUAAGUGUAGUGUUGGUGCAAGUACAUAGGCUGCAAAAGGCAGCAAAAAGUUUUCAGUUUCAAUUGUGUUUUACUUUUGAGUAAAGGAAUCUUCUCCAAUUUUAUCCUUUCCUUCUCCAUCAAUCUUGCUAUUGCGCUUAUUAAAAUCCCAAUGAAUAUCUGGGACUUUACCGCCUAAUAAAACAUAUUUUCAAAUGGAAAAAUUUCCUUCAUUUCCUGUACAUCAUGAGGUCAUCUACACUUUAAGUAACUAAAUGGGUAAUAUAUACAUAUUGAAGACAAUUACAAGAUUUUGUAUUAAUAUGCGUGUGUUAAGAAGAAGUUGCGAUUUACUGCAAAUAUUAAUGAGGCUAUAUAAAUAUACAUUUCAAAGAAAAAUAUAGUUUCGAUCAAUAUGAAAAGAACGGCAGAACAUAUAGCUAAAAAUCAUGAAUUUUUAACAGCGGAAUUAUAAGUUAACGCAUAAUCGUAAAAAUCGCACGUGUGUAAUUGGAUCCUAUGCGUCUAGUGACUGUAUAAUUUAUAUCAUAGUAUAUUAGUAGAUACAACAUCCACCAAAAGGGUAGAAUCUGCAAUUCAGAUAUAAUAUUAUAUUAGUACAGUGUUAGGAUACUGUGCGAUUAAUAAAUAAAUUCAAAUUCAUUUGUAUUGAGUAUAUAUAACUAAGAAUUCAGAGUUUUAAUAUUUUGUAACAAGGUGAUUAAUAAUAUAUUAUUAAAAACAUA